AUGGCUCCACCAAACUGUGAACAAUCUAAUGUUUCAAAGAUUGCUUCUGAAGAGGCAAAAGAUCAAGUUGCGGCCGAGGAGAUGGCCAAUCUCGACCUGGCUCGAGCAGCCUUUGGAGAAGUUCGUCGAGGAAAUGACCGUUAUCUCCAUGCUAUUCUUGAAGAUGAUGAGACUCGAAUUCCAGAAGGAAGACCAAGAGCUGCUACCAUUGCCACCGUCUCAAGAGAUGCUCCAGCUAGCGGAGAUCAAUCCAAUGGAUUGGAAGACUCAGGAGUCGAUGCUCCUCUCAUUGGCCACCGUCCUCGCUCGUAUUCGGUCCGCGAGAGACCAUCUUGGCUGAAGAAAAAACCCAGACCAUCCAACACAUCUACGGAAAAUGCCAAUGAACCACAAAAACGCGAGCCUGCCCCAUCAACAUCUUGCUGCGCUGGUACUCAUGAUUUUGGAUCAAUAGUCGCGCAUCCAAUAAUGGCAGCGGUCCUCUCAAACACAGUAAAUUUGGACUGCUUCCGACGUCAUUUGGAUAAUCCAGAAGGUCGAGAGAAACUUCAAAAAAUGGCUGAAAAAGCGUUCCCAUCAUGCAGUCACUCUCACUCAUGGCUGCCAGAACUUCCAAAUGGAUUAUCCGACGUUCUGCCAGAAGUUGAGCAGUCAGCAGCUCGCCGAGAAUUGCCAGUAUUAAGCCCAGCUGAACAACUGGCCCUCGCUGCUAGCGACCAAAGAGCUUUGUUCUACAUAGAGACAGGUCUCAGGGCAAUUCUCGAGUCAUCAACAUUGCAAAACCCAACCUCAGGAUCUGGAACUCAAUUGGUAAGACCUGCGGCAUACAGAAUGGAAGGAUUCUCAUCAUCUAUGCAAUACUGGGGAUACGUGUGCCCGAUGGAUGAAUUUUGUUACCGAAAAGUCCCAAUUCAGCCAGCUAUUGAAGCGCCAAAAAAUGAGAAGGAUCGACAAAAAUAA